CAAUGAGCAGUAAAGUGGUGAUAAGGAGAUACUAGUCUUCUUAAGCAUAAUUUUGACACUGAUUCUCUGAAACUAAAGAUCUUUGCACUUCUUCCUCUAGUGACACUAAAAAUGAAUCUUUAAUCUAAUACAUGCUCGUCCUUAUCUCCUAAUCUUUUGUCCUGGAUAGACUCUGUACAAUUAAUUUUACUCAAAAGCUGUAAGCCAAGCCUCGGCUAGACCAGUUUCUUAGGGAAAGUACCAGAUGCUGUUGUGUUGGAAACUUUGGAGCAGAAGGGGGAAGGAGAGGAGGUAUCUAGAGAGAUGGAAGAUAGGAUGAAGUCAGCCUGAUAAGCUCAGAGUUUUAGAAUGUUAAGAAGGUUAUAAAGUGUAAAAACCUUUUCUGGCGAACUGGAGUAUGUUAUUUAAGGAUGUAAAUUUUAUGUUUCAUAAUAAUUAAAAUGAAUUUUCUUGCUUUUGAUAAUAACACAAUUUGCACUCCGUCUCAGAUGGGAAACAAGUUUGAUAUUAUUCAAGAACUUAGUUCAGUGUACUGAUUAGACCAAUUUGACCAAAACACCUCAGAUGAUCAAGAUUAUUGAUUUUGCUCUUGUAAAGACGGCUUAAUUACUCCCUCUUCUCAAAUUAAUGAACUUGAUUAUUUCUCAAGAGAAUUAAGUAAAAAUUUUCUUCAAAAGAAACCUGAGAACAUUUUCUUCCAAGAAGAUAAGAAAGUAGAUGUGAAAGGAAACAUAGAAAGUGAUAAGCCACCCCUAAGAAAGAAAAGACGUUCCAGAAACGAGCUUGACAUAACACACAAACUCCUAAGCUUGAGAUGGCGUAUCCUUAACUGAUAUGUGACUGAGUUCACUUCCUCAUCAAAGAAAGCUAAGAAUGCUAGCAAAAAACAACUCAGGAGAAGAUCCAAAUAUAUCGGUGUUUCCAGAAACAACUCUAAUUGGCAAGCUCUUAUAAAUAUCGAUCAAAUUAAAAGAUACAUUGGUACAUUCGUUGAUGAACUCCAAGCUGCCAGAGCCUACGACCUCUACUCAGUUGCACUAAGAGGCCAAGAAGCUUUUCUCAACUUCGAUUACAGUGCUGAAGACAUGCUUGAAAGAAUUGAGUAUUUUCUUGAACAUAAAUGUGUAAAAUUUGAUGACUAAAAUUCCUUGAGAUACCAUUAUCAUUACAUACUUUUCAACUUAUGCACAUAUUAUCUCUCCUUCACCUUUUAAGUCUCUGCUUGCUCAUAAAGCCUCUAUGACCAAACUUGACUUAUUCAAAACCCCUCCACAGCUAAAAUCUCUGAGAGCCUUAUCAAAAGUUUAGGUGACUCUCAUAGAAAGAAAUUCUAAAAAUUCAGAAUCCACAGUAUAAAUUUGGCAUUUUGGGAGGAUUAAGUAUGGAACAAGGGAAAUUUUGGGAAAUGGGAUUUUUCUUGGGAAAUUAGAUUUUUAGAUAAAUUUGUACAUGCUGAUGAGGUUUAGAGAUACAAGCAGGGGAGUGGAGUUAGGAGAGUUGUUUUAUGGGUGUUUGAGGAUGAACGGGGAUUGAGCUUUAGUUUCAUGAAGGAUUUUAAUGUUUCAAUAUG